AUGCUUAGUAAACAUUUUAUAAUCCCAUUGAAAUUAAUUUCCAGGGUUGGUUUAUUUACAACAACAACAACAACAUCCAGCGAAGGCUCUCCAGAGAUUGAUUGUUAUUAUAUGGAUGAAGAAGCGAAUCACAACGAUAGUGAUUCUACAGAAGAAUCAUCUGAAGACGAAGAAUAUGAUGAUGGUCAAUUAUUUCUCAUCGACUAUACAACAACAACGCUCGUCAAUCUUCCUCAAUCAGCUAAACACAUCCUGCAAACAAUCGAAGAUUGUAAAUCACUUGUGACUUACGUUAAGAAAGCUAGUUUGAAUCAUGAGAUUCAAAAUCUAAACCAAACAACAAUCUCCACUGAAACAGUUACAUCCAAUUCGUCGUCAACAGUGCAAGACCGGGCUAUUACUAGCACCACUCUUCAUCAAUCAUCCAUAAUUCGGUGGCUGUCCUUAAGCGAUCUUUUAGAAAGUAUUAAAAGAUCUUAUAAUGCAUUGCGAAUCAUUUUAACUGAACGUAAAGAAGAACAUCGAAUCGACAAAAUAAACAUGACAACCGUUCAACAGCUAAUUAAUUUUCUUCGCCCAUGGAAAUACGUUUUGUAUGAAGUUCAAAAGGGCAAUUCACCAUCUUUAUUCACCGUUUUUCCAUGUAUUGCAUUCUUGAAAGCAGAUUUAAUCAAUCGUGAAAAAAAAGAAAAACCAGGUAAGGUAUCGAUAUUAAUGUCGUUGGGUUUUGCUUCUGAAUAUUUCCUAUGUAUGAAAUUCUUUGCGAAAUGUGCUUAUCAACUGUUAAAUUCAAUGUUUCAAAUUGAUGAUUUUCAUAUGAUGGGUGCAUUUCUGCAUCCGAAUUAUAAAACUUUGAGAUCAGCAACGUCCACAUAA